GAGAGAGAGAGUAGAGAGAGAGAGAGAGAGAGAGAGGAAAGAGGGAGGGAGAGAUUAAUGGCAGGCAGAGAGGGUUCCCAAGCCGUCGACGCUCUUUUCAACCUCUUUACCAAGGCCAAGAACGAUCUCAAUGUUGUUCAGAACAGAUUGCAGAAGGAAUUUGAGCAGGCCUAUCCGGACAAUGCAAAUCCCAUGAGGCUUCUCCUUCGCAUAAAGAAACUGAAUGAAGAACUUCCUUCACUGAAAGAGCAAUGUGGUGAAUUACUUGCAGCCAAGCAGGAUUUGAUUGACAAGACAAGAAUGACCUUGGUUGGAAAUAAAAAGUUAAUACAACGGAUGCAAGCUUCAUCUGGCAUUCAUGUUGUCAACAGCGCAGAUGACACUGAUUAUGCUCAGUUAAACCAGAUUAUUGACGAGUGGAAUGCGCAAGUUGGAUUGAAGACAGGAGAUGAGAAGCAUGUUUCUAGCUCGAACAAUCUCAAUCAGUUGCUGUUCUCUGCCAAAGUUCAAAACAUCUGAAAAAUAAAAAGAACUACAUAGAGGAUGUAUUGUUACUUAGAUAAUCUUCAGUUCCUUGAGCCAAGUGGUGUGUAAGGG